AAAUGGAGAACUCAAACGUCUCAGUUGUCCUUUGGGAGAGGAAAUACACGUAUUGCUUAAUGUGUCACUUACUUGUGAAUAUGGAUUGGUUUUGGAUCUACUACUUGCCAAGGGCGAAGCGGCGGGGCGGCAGGAAAGUCGCGGAAGGCGAGGCUUACAACCAAACACCACCAGACACUGGACAAGAUAAGUGCAAGAGCGCACAAGAACUUUUCGAACUUCUUGAGAGGGUACAAUCCAGCAGGCUGGAUGACCAGAGAUGUGUUUUGCCGGCAUACUUUUCCCAGAGUUGCAGAUCGGAAGAACGUCGGGAAAGGACGACAGAGGGGAGCAGGGAGUUGCUCGAGAGGGUCCUGGAAGGUCCUGGCCCUUAUCCUUCCGUGGUCCUUCCGAACGGGGGUGGCUACUGGGUAGAUUCCGGAGACACCCCUCAGACGUUACCACCUUCGACAGACCACCAACCUAAAUAUUACAGGCACCACUUCCUAGGCCAGGAACAUAUUAACCUGACGGGAUGGGAUGACGUCCACGGUCCAGUAUUGGUCUCGGUCAAAUACGAGACCAUCGAAGACCAGACAAGGAUAGUUCUUAGGCUGAAGACCGGCACUGUCCAACACCUCCUAUCGUCCACAAACUCACCACCUCUCAACGUCGUGAAGGCGGUAAACAGGGAUUUGAGCCUGGCGUGCCUCGAGCCCGUAAUGUGCCCAAGGGCAUCCCACCUCAUCGCCGCGUACGACGAACACGUCCUAGUCUCACAGUACAAGUUCGGUGUGCUAUACCAAAGGUUCGGCCAGACGGCGGAGGAGCAGCUUUUCUCAAACAGGGCCUCCAGCCCGGCCUUCGACGAAUUCCUCUCCUGCCUCGGGCAUAGGAUCAACCUCAAAUACCACAAAGGAUAUCGAGGAGGUUUGGAUACCCAGUUCGGACAAACGGGCGAAGAAGCCGUUUACCAAGUGUACAAAGAAAGCGAAAUAAUUUUUCACGUCUCAACCCUUCUUCCGUACACCGACAACGAUCCUCAGCAACUCCAAAGAAAAAGGCAUAUCGGCAACGACAUAGUGGCGAUAGUUUUCCAAGAGAAGAAUACGCCGUUCUCGCCGGAUAUGAUCGCAUCCCAUUUCCUCCACGCUUUCAUCGUAGUACAAGCUAUUGAGCCGAACACUCCUAACACGAGGUAUAAGAUCAGCGUGACCGCAAGGGACGAUGUGCCGAUGUUCGGCCCUGUCCUUCCCAAUCCCCCGAUAUUCCGGAAAGGGCCCGAAGUCAGGGAAUUCCUCCUGGACAAGCUCAUCGCCGCAGAAUCAGCCUGUUACAAGGCGAACAAGUUCGCUCAGCUGGAGCUUCGCACUAGGUCAAGCUUGCUCGAGUCGCUGGUAACCGAUCUCCGCGAGAAGUCGCGAGAAUUUCUUGGAUCAACGCCGGAUUCUCCGACUGACUUUCCUGACACGCCCAAAUCUGAGUCAGGCCCUGGAUCCAGGUUCAUAGACACCGUUAGGAAAGCGUUGAUUGCUAGGGUGAGGAGCCAGGAGAGCAACAACAACAAUAAUAACAAUAACAACAAAAAGCAAACGAAUGGGCACUCUGACAAUGAACCAAGCCAAGGAGGGAGUAACCCAGCUUCAAGGAGCAGCACUUUUGGCAAAAAGAGCUCACCUUCUUCUCCAGUAUCCAGUCCAGACAUUCAUACACAAAGGAUUACGAGUCGUGUAUCAGAAAGUGAUUGUUCGUCAUUGAACAGUGUCGAGAUGGAAAACGGAGGCGAUAGUGACACAGGCCUUGAAAGCAUGUCGUCAUCAGAAAACAAAACAUGUUCGCUUUGUCUUGAACCAGGAGAUCUCACAGCUGAAGUAACAAGGCUGAAAUGUGAUAAACUUCACCUUUUACGGCAGAAUGUGACAUGCCAGAGGGAGAUAAAGAGGCUGCGAGAAAAGGAACUAGGACUUCAGUCGGAACUUGCUGCUGCGAGCAGAGAGAUCCUUAGAUUGCGGGAGCUCCUUAAAGACUACACUACUAAGGACAACACGUCGACAAUUUGAAAUGGGUCUCAUCCAAAACCAUUCUUUAACAACCUUCUUCUUGUAAAUAGCUUAAAUCCUCCUUCACCUCUGCAAGAUAUAAAAUUAUAGCAAAAAACAAUAAAAGCCAAGAAAGUAGUAAUUUUAUUGAAUAGAAUGGAUAUGAUAAAAAGACACGGUUAAUGAUUGAAGCAUGAGGGAAUUGAUUGUACUGGGAAAUUUUGUAAAAUUUGCAACCUUUUGUUGUAAAUGAGUGUCGUUACCAUCUUGUAAAUAGCAGUUUGGCUUUUCCCAGGUUUACAGGUUAUUUGUAAAGUGUACAUUUUUAAAAAAUAAUAUUAAAAUUUAAAAAAAAUCACAUAUAUCUUCACAGAAAUCUGUCUAAAAAAUAUUUAAGCAAAUAGAAGCUGUCUGUGAUUCUAAAAAAAUAUAAAAACUAACAUUAACAAGAAAGAUGAAUGAGCAAUAAUCGAAGAGUUGCGAAAGUUAUUUUUCCUUUCUUUCUCUCUUCUAUCUACCAUGAGUAUAUUAUAUGUAUUGUUAGAUAGUAUAUUUAGAAAAAAAAUAUGUUAACAGUUAGUAAUUAAUAUAGUUUAUCUUCACUAUUGAUGUUAUGCACAAAAUUUACUGUAGUUAUUUUCACAACACCCUUCCCCUGAAAAAUCACAAACUCGUCUAUACCAAAGUUAUAUAUAAUAUUUGUUUAAAAGAGUUUUAAUAACAUUAUUAUUUGUUUUUGCUUGAUGUAAUGUAUAAAGUAUCAACUUAAAACUAUUUUUUUAUUAAUUUCUCUUUAUUUGUAUUUUGUAAAUAUUUAAUUUAACAUUAUUAGCUUAUAAGUCAAAAAGAGAAAAUUAGGUUUAAUUUAGUGUUCAUUUGCAAAGAAUAAUAGUAAUAAUUAAAUAAUUACUGUCAAGGCAAC